AUGUACGGACACCGAGGGGCAAUGUUGGGGAGCGGGGGGGUUUCGGACGGGUACGAGAUCGGCUCAAAGAGACCUAGAAUGAUGGAAUCAAAUCCCUACUUGGCAGUGAGCAGCGGUUCAAGUGGCUAUCAACCUUAUGGCUAUGGUAGUGCCAGUAGAUAUCAGCCUUCUGCCUUCCCCGUUGUACGUGUAAGGGGUCUUCCCUUUAAUUGCUCAGAUGUUGACAUUUUCAAGUUCUUUGCUGGGCUGGACAUUGUGGAUGUGUUCUUGGUUAACAAGGAUGGGCGAUUUUCUGGAGAAGGUUUUGUGGUCUUUGCAGGACCGAUGCAGGCAGAGCUUGCUCUUCAGAGGGAUCGACAAAACAUGGGGAGGAGGUACGUCGAAGUUUUUAGGUGCAAAAGGCAGGAGUAUUACCAUGCCAUAGCAACUGAGGUUAAUGAAGGAGCUUAUGGAAGCAUCGACUACCAUGGAACCUCAUCUCCACCUCGACGCAAGAAGUCUCCAGACAAAAAUAAUAUGGAGUAUACAGAGAUCUUGAAGUUACGCGGACUCCCGUAUUCUGUCAAAAAAUCAGAAAUUGUUAAAUUUUUUGGAGAUUUCAACAUCCCAGAUGAUAAGAUCCAGAUUGCAUUGCGAUCUGAUGGGAAAGCUACUGGAGAGGCAUAUGUGGAGUUUACCUCGGCCGAAGAGGCGAAGAAAGCAAUGUGCAAGGACAAGAUGUUGAUUGGAUCGCGAUAUGUGGAACUCUAUCCUUCAAUGCCAGAUGAAGCAAGAAGAGCUGCAACAAGAUCACGAAAGUAA